AUGUCUUCCAUUUCACAGAACCAGAGUGGAUACGACCAUGACAACCUGCGUCAUGUAGUCAUAACUUCCACUUGUUUUGCAUUUAUUUUGUCGACAUCUGCAGUUGCUUUUCGAAUCAUUUCUCGAAAGGUCAAUGGUUCAGGUCUAUUUGUCGACGAUAUUCUCAUGAUUUUUGCUUUGCUAUUUGAAUAUGGAAUCACGAUUGCAGGUAUUGUCUUGUUAUACAAUGGUCUUGGAACCCACAUCCAAUAUGUUCGACCGGACCAACUCGUGGUCUACCUUAAGACCAUGUUUACCGGCUCUAUUCUCUAUACUGGCUGUAUCGGAUGCAUCAAGCUAUCCAUCUUGAUGCUUUAUCGACGUCUCUUCCCAACAAAGGCAAUGAAAGCUGCGGUCAAUGUUGUGGGCAUGAUCAUUAUCCUUUGGGCUGCUUGUGGUAUCCUUUCCGGCUGCUUUACAUGCAUGCCUACUAAGAAGCUCUGGGACCCUACAGUACCAGGCGCAUGUAUGGAUCUUGGCAAAUACUACUACGGACUUCAGAUCCCCAACAUCGUCACAGAUGCUAUCAUCCUCGUCAUGCCCAUGCACACUGUCUGGAAUCUUCCCAUUUCCCGUUCUCAGAAGAUGGGUCUCUCCGGAAUUUUCAUUGUGGGACUUCUGACCUUGGCCUUUGAUAUUGUUCGCUUGAUUGCUCUGAUUGAUCUCUCUACAUCCGGAGACGACAUUACAUAUAAUCAAGUAAACUCGAGUGUGUGGACCUGCAUUGAACCCGCUGUGGGUAUCGUCGCCGCCUGUCUUUCCAACAUGCGUCCCUUAUUUAAGGUCAUGCAUGAGAAGGUCUGGGUUCGCCACAUCAGCAAAAAUGGCACCGCCAAUAUCAGCCAACAGGAAAUCUCGAGCGAGAAGCAAGAUUGGCAACAUCGAACUCCCAGUCCUCACGGCGAGACAACCAACUUUGACUCUCACCUCUCUCAUACGAGUCAUACCGAGUCCGGGUCGUCUCACUAUGACAGCCCUUGCUAA